AUGAGUGGCAAUCUCAAGCGAAAGCGCGCUGGCGGUCACGACGGUGGAGCUGGUGCACCCAUAAGCGUGUGCCCGACUCAUUCAACCACGUCAACACAGCCUGGUAGUGGUGGUGGGGCUGGUGGGGACGCUGGCCAACCCCUAGCCUCACCGGAAACAAACACGUUCCUCAUCCGAACGCACCUCGAACAGUCGCUCUCUGAGCUGUACGCCUCCACCUCACGCAUCGAAGCUCUCCUGCACCUACUCCCACCAUGCCCGCAGGCAUCGUCCUCGCGAUCUGCACUCGCCGAGCUCCAUGCUCCCGCGCAGCCGGCCCAGCCCUCACACCCUUGCUCUUCACUCGCCGCCAAGCCACCAGCCGUUGCCGCCGCACAACCUCCCUCGCAGUGCUGUGAAUGCAGCGCCGCACUGCAAACCGAACUCACAUCCCUGCGCACACAAGUGGCGCGGCACGCACGCGAGAGGGACGCAUGGAAGGCGUUCAAAGCGUGGUGGCUGGAUUCACUGGCUAAGCGCGAACGGCGGCGGAGUCGGCACCGUCGACGAGACGGACACGACACGGAAGGCGGCAGCGGUGAUGGGGAGUUGGCGAGGAUCGUGGGAAAGCUGGAUGCGCAGACAAAGCGCGUUUGGGUUGAUGCGGGCGUAUUGGCGGAGCAUUGGGAAGGCUGCGCUAGGGAAACGCAAACGGAGCACCAGGUGCAGGAAGAGCAGAGCGAGCUGACUCUUCCCGUUCAUCCCGCCUCGAAAGUUACCGCGAGUGGAUCGAAUGGUGGCCGUGGAAUGCAGAAGGGGGUGGCAGACUCCGAUGUCGAUGCACCGCCGGCUGCUUGUGAUCCCGCCGAUGCGUCGAGUGCACCGUCUGAGUCUGGUCCUCCUCCGUCCUCUCAACGGCACAAGUUUGAGGCUGUCGAUCGAGCUGGUGCUGCCGGAGCUGCGAGAAAAACUGGGUUGGCACCCACCAUGGCAGCUGCGAACCCGGCCGCAUCGACCUCACGUGGAGCCCAAACGCACGCCUCUAAACGAGACGCCCAUCCUACUGGGGAUGUACUCGAAGCACCACAGGAUCACGAACAACGGCACCCCCCUACAACACUCGCCAGUCGCACCACCACCGCCGCCGCCGCCGCGCCCGCCGCCAGCCCCUAUAUCGACACCACGCCCAUCCGCAACCGCCUCACGCGCCGCACGCUACACGCCUCGGACUGUCCGGACUGCACGCUCUUCUACACACACCUCGACUGCGCCGCCACCGCCGCUGGCUCCACUUCCACCUCUACCUCUCCCCACCAGCAGCAGCAGCAGCAGCAGCAGCACGGGGGUGCCGUUCGCGGCGGCGCAGGGGGGUGGCGGGAGGGCGACGUCUCGCGCCAAGCAUGCAGCCGGCACCGCACGACGUUUGCACGCGCCCCGACGCCCGACGGAUACUGGAACAUUGCCUUUCCGUCCACCCAGGAGGCCGACGCGAUCAAUGCCGGCGCGAGAAGUCGCAGGAGCAGAUAG